AAACAAAGCGAGGAAACAGACAAUUGAUUCCCUAGUAUAAAAGAGAGCAAUCAUGCUUGGAGGUUUCGUCAGAUUCCAACGAACCAGAAAAUACACCAACGUCGAUAUGUCUCGCCUUCUUCUUGUAUUGUUCGCCAUUUUGGCCAUCUUCUCUGUUUCUGCGAUGGGGGAAGGAGGUGCUUGCCCGCAGGAUGAAACCUGGAAUUCAUGUGGUAGUGCCUGCCCACCAACUUGCAAAAACCCAAACCCUAUCUGUACUCUGCAAUGCGUCCCCAGCUGCCAAUGCAACCAAGGCUUGAUCAGAAAUAAUUCUGGAAAAUGCAUUCCAAAAUCUAGAUGUUCUGCCUAAUUAGGCACUGUGGAAAUUAUGCAAAAAAACGACGACCACAAUUCUUUUACAGUUAAAUUAAGAUUUAUUGAAUUCAAUGCUCUUAUGUACAUAUAAAAAUUAAAUAAAUGUAU